UUUUAAUACUAAAAAAUGGCCCAAUUAAAUGCUGGUGGUGGAAUUGGAGUAGUUAAUUAUUACGUUACGUGGCCGAAUGACGGUAUUCUCUCAUUAAUUCAAUAUCGGCGGUUUUUUCAGCAAGAAUUUUGUAGAACUCCAAUAUAUGAACAAAAACAAAUCUGGAACCAAGUAGCUCAAAAUAUAAAUUUGGACCACCCAAACUUCGCCCCGACAAAAAAACAAUGCAGGACUAAGUGGAACUCAUUAAAGUCGGGAUACGAAAAUUUAAAAAGAUUAUUAAAUGGAAAUCCAGAAGGAUUUCCAACGCACACCCCAACUCUUCAUGAUGAACAUUUUCAUGAAGAGUUGUCAGAUGAAUUCUGGCUCGCCGAACCAAGAGUUCGUGCUGCAAGGAGGAAUCAGGUGGACCGUAGAAGAUACGAAUAUCGAGAGCGCAGGCGCUCUCGAUCCCGAUCCUCCCAUCACCGUCACGAGCGCGGGCGCUCUAGAUCUAGAUCUCCUCGUAGAGAGCGUAGAGAGCGUAGAGAGCGCAGGCGCAAUUAUUCCCCUUACCCCCGUGAUCGAGACCGACACCGUUAUUAUCAUUAA